GAGCAACAGUGAGAGAGCUGAGAGGUUAGGAGUCGGCAAGAUAAUCAGAAACAGGCCACUGACUCAGAGCUUGGUGCACAGCUGGUGUGAUGGGUGAAGUGGCUGCAGGGUAACACUGAGUGGACGGACAGUGACAGUACACAAUGGAUGUACAGUGGAGUGGCUUCUUGCUGGGAUGUAACACACUGGAUCAUUUUAUCAGCUCAACAAGUAUUUAACAGGAGAUUUGUGGGGAAAUAACUUCUACAGAAUAUUUGGACGUAAGCAGUAAGUGAAUGGCUUUGGGAAUCAUCUGUUUUUUUCAAGUGACUGAGGGACUGAUGCUUUUUUGAUGUUCUACAUUUUAUUACAUUUGAUUUUUUAUAAAGUAUAGCAGCAGACAUAAACAGACAUUCUUUUGUGAAGUUUUGCAGUUUAGUUCCUCAAGAUUUUGCCUGCAGCAGUUAUGUAAAACAAUACAUUUAUUCCUGGACUUGACUGAAUCUGAUUUGUUGCAUCUCAAGCGUUUUUUUUUUUUUUUUUUUUUUUUUUUACACCUCAUCUUCACAGUGGUAUAAGAUAUUUAUGUUUUGCAGAAGGUUGCUCCUGAAAUGACCAGCAAAGUGAAUCUUGAUCGAUCUGCACCCUUAACCAAGCAGAAUAAGAUGCUGGACGUUUCCACUGCAUCAAACGAAAACAAAUGAUAUGGAGAAGGGACACAAGCCAAAGGAGGUGCACUACAAAGUGAUAAACCAGCUGCAUCCUGCCAGGUUGGCAGUUCUGAUGAGGUGUUUGAGCCAUGUGGUCCACUGAGAGCAUGGAGCCAGAAAAAUCACACACCCAGAGCAGCCUCUUCAAUAAGGUGGAUGUGCCCGACCAUGCUCACUACAUCAUUGCCUUUUUCGUCCUUGUCAUUGGGACACUGGGCAUCACUGGCAAUGCUCUGGUUAUGUUCGCCUUCUAUAGUAACAAGAAGCUUCGUAAUCUGCCUAACUACUUCAUCAUGAACCUGGCAGUCAGUGAUUUCCUCAUGGCCUUCACACAAUCACCCAUCUUCUUCAUCAACUGCCUCUACAAGGAAUGGGUGUUUGGGGAGAUGGGCUGUAAGAUGUAUGCGUUCUGUGGAGCCCUGUUUGGCAUCACUUCCAUGAUCAACCUCCUGGCCAUCUCUAUCGACCGCUACUUGGUUAUCACCAAGCCCUUACAGGUCAUGAACUGGAACUCCAAGCGAAGAACCACAGUGGCCAUCAUCAUGGUUUGGCUGUAUUCUCUGGCGUGGAGUUUGGCUCCUCUGAUUGGCUGGAGCUCGUAUAUCCCUGAGGGCCUCAUGACAUCUUGUACAUGGGAUUAUGUCACAUUCACAACAGCCAACAGAAGCUACACAAUGAUGUUAUGCUGUUUCGUCUUCUUCAUUCCCCUGGGAAUCAUCUUUUACUGCUAUGUCUUAAUGUUUCUGGCCAUAAGAAAGACUAGCAGGGAGGUGGAGCGACUGGGGACUCAAGUGAGGAAAUCCACUUUGAUCCAGCAGAAGUCCAUCAGGAGUGAGUGGAAGUUGGCUAAAAUCGCUUUUGUCGUCAUUGUAGUUUACGUUCUGUCCUGGUCACCGUACGCCUGUGUCACCUUGAUUUCCUGGGCUGGGUAUGCUAACAUCCUGUCCCCAUACUCUAAGGCUGUACCUGCAAUCAUAGCAAAAGCCUCCACUAUCUACAACCCUUUCAUCUACGCUAUUAUACACAACAAGUACAGGACGACUCUGUCAGAGAAGUUUCCGUGCUUGCGUUUUCUGUCUCCGACCCCUCGAAAAGAGUGCAUCUCUUCCUCCAUCAGUGAGUCCUCCUUCAGGGACUCCAUCAUCAGCAGACAGUCCACAGCUUCAAGGACUCACUUUAUUACUGCAUCAUCCAACUCCACUGAUAUGGUAUUUAGGGAUGUGGAGAUGGAGCUUGUAGGCAGGAAGUCAUUUGGUUCUGUACGGAGCAUGUCGCUGUACAGUCAGUCUUGCAGGGCGAAGUCCUACAAAAAACAGUUAGAGCAGAAGACCAUGAUGACCCAUGCAAUAGAGAAGCAUCCAUCUACCAUGAGUGACUCAUCUAGCAGCUGUGACCAUGAACUAGUCUCCAGCUCUCUCACCAUCGCCACUCUCCCCUUAGUUCUUACCAGGAAGCGAAGCAAGAGUCUGACCAACCAGUUCUCAGGUGCAAUGGAGAAGAGCAGCGUCAGAGAUAAACUAAGAAACCACAGUAGCAAUUCUUUUGAUUCUCUGAAUUUUGGGAAAAUCCCAUCGAGCGAUGUAACGUCAUCUCGAGAUGUUCCACGUAUUAUCGUCAUCAGUCCUACGUCUGAAAGUAGCCUCAUCAACCGUGACAGCAUCUGCAGGGAGGAAAGUGUGGAGGCGAUGGAGGACAAUGUUUUUGUCAGCUUAAACUUCUCAUCAGAGGUGUUUGAAGCAGUGGAGUUACUUUCUUGAUUUAAAAACAGUCACCUCCAACAACCACCUGUGUUGGCUUUGGACAGUGCAUUCAUCCACUAAACUUAUUCUGCUGCCUCAUCCCGAAAAACUAAGUUGUUCCAGUUUUUAUAUUGUCCUUACAGUGACUGAGCUGACUUAAAAACGAUGAAGCCUUUCUCACCCAUGGACAGAAAAAAACUAUCUUAUUAUGUCAUGAAAUUAAGAUGUGAGAUCUGAGUGUAAAUGUUACACGUUUGAUUAAAGAAAACUCUUCAUGGUGACUUUUGAUUUGUAUUUAUGUGAACAUGGCAUAACAAAUAUUUCCUGGUUCCUAGAUAUAAAAAAAAAAAAAAACACCUAAAUGUAUAUUUUGUUGCAUGUGUACAGUGUUGUAUUAUGUGCUUAAAAUUGUGUCUUAAAAUAUAUUGAUUCAUUUAUCUAUUGCACUGAAACACAAGUUGUCCCACAGUAAAUGCUGCCAUUAAUGGACAAUGACACUUUACUUGCAUUUGUUGGUAUACAAUUUAUAUUUUAUCACUUGAUACACGUGCAUUGGUUGUGUUUAUUGCAUUGAAUAUGAUGAAGUGAGUUUCAUGUAAGUCCAUGUGCUGAAACAUUCUGUAUCAAAGUGAACUUUAGAAAAAUACACAUUAUAAUCCUGCUUUUAUGAUUAAAACAGAAAGGAUGUCAUACCUUUGAUCCAAUGAAUUGAUAUUAAAAUAAUUUUUAUACAAA